AUGGAUAAAGAAAAUAAAAAUGAAAUAUUAUUUUUUUCUGUAUGGAGAAACAAGUAUCUAUUAAGCGAAAUUCAAAGACAUCAUAGGUUAUAUAGAAAAAAUAAAAAAAUAUAUAUUUGCGAGUCAAUGGAUGAACUUAGAUACCAUCCACAUAGAAGAUAUGCAACAGAAAUUAUAAUUGAUAUUAAUGAACCAUUGGAACCACAUGGUCAAGUAAUACCCUAUGGAACAGCCAAAUUAAAUUUCAUUGAAUUAUACCUGGACUUCUUUAAUCAACCUUUAAAAGCUGGUGACUUACCUAUAACAUGUCAAAAUAUACUUUUCACCAAAUUCAAUCAACCUCUCCAACCAAAUACUCUUCCUCCUGAAUUAAAAAAAUUAGAAUUACAUAGGUUUGACCACCCACUAUCAGACGGUGUACUUCCAAAAUCAAUCACUGAACUAUAUUUAUCCCAAUUUAAUCACCCAUUAUCCAACUCUCUAUCUAAACUCCAUUCAUUAAAAAAUCUCUAUUUACCAAAUUUUAAUCAAGAAAUAUCGAUCGAAACAUUCCCAUCCUCAAUAAAUUCAUUAGUUUUGUAUAAUUUUAAUCAAGUUAUAAAACCAAAUGUGCUUCCAUCAUCAAUAACUAAUCUCAUUUUGAAUACAUAUAACCAACCAUUAGAACUACAAGUAAUACCACCAAAUGUUUCACAUUUAGAGCUACGUUCAUAUAAUUGUAAUCUUGGUAAACAUCUAUUCCCAAAUACUUUACAACAUUUAUUUAUAUCAAACUAUUCAAAAGAGUUAUUGGAAUAUGAUUUACCUUCAUCAAUUACAGAACUUUAUUUUGAAUCGAAUAUUAGUUAUCUUUCAAAUCCAAUUCGAUUUCAAACCAAUUCAAUUCCACCAUUAGUAAAAAAAUUAAAACUCCCAAAUAUCUAUUCCCAACCUCUUCAAGUCGGUCUUAUACCCAACUCAGUAGUCGAGUUAGAGUUACCUAAUCUCUAUUCACAACCUCUUCAAGUCGGUGCAAUACCCAAUUCAGUUACAUGUUUAAAACUACCUGAAGUAUUUAGUCCUCUUCAAGUAGGGGCAUUACCAGAAUCUCUCACUAAAUUAACCUUUAAUUAUGGAUUUAAUCAACCUCUAGACCCAGUUACCAUUCCAAAAUCUGUUACUCAAAUAUCACUACCUUAUACUUUUACACUCCCAAUACCAGACUCUUUAUCACAUUUAAUAAAAAGAUUAUAAAUAAAAUAAAAAUAAUAAAAAUUAAAAUUCAAAAAACUUGCAUCAAU